AUGGCGGGGCCUCCCCGCCCAGCGCCGGCCGCUCCGCCCGUCCGCCGUUCCGCCCGCCUCCGCCCACAGGCGACCCACCAGCCCCCCUGCUCUCCCCCGCCACCGUCCCCGCCGGCCGCGGCGGGGUCUCCAGGAGGAACGGACCCCCGACGGUCGGUGCGCAUCAGCGUCCGGACUCGCGUCCGUGGCCUCCCCUCGGCGGCGCCGUCGUCCUCGCGGAUACGGCGCAAGUCCCCCGCGGCGCCUCUGCGGCGGACAGUACAGGCAUGCGCGGAGGAGUGGGGGGCAGCGAAGGCCGCGUCAGGCGCCCCGGCGGAGGAGUGCGUCCUCCCGUUCCUCCAGAAAGGCGCGCCGAGGAAGGUACGUGCCACUGCCAGGCCGGCAAUUCAGUUACCAACUUGUGUCAAACAGGACUUUGAUGACAACGAAAAUGUUAGGUUUGCUAGAAACGGGAUGAACUGA